AUGAAACGUCUCUCAGGUACUAUAUUUUUAUCACGUCAAAGAUUUGUAUUAGAAGCUACUUUGCUUCAAGAUCAACUCGACUUUAAACAUAAACAAGAGAUUCAUGAUAUGCUUAAUCAACAUAAACAAGAGAUUCUUGAUAUUUUUAAUCAACACAAACAAGAGAUUCUCAAGGUUCAAGAUCAACUUCAAGUUCGACACAAACAAGAAAUUACCUUAAUGAAGGAAAAAUUGCAGUCCUCGCAAAAUGAAAAACAAGAUUAUAUUACUCUUUAUUUGAAAAUGCGUGGAAAUUUCAAUAUACGCGGAGUUUUAGAAUGGAUAAGAGAGCAAAUAUCAAGAGAUAAUUUUGGAGAUUAUGAACUCUUGUUUCUGACUCCAACUGCAUCACCACCGACUAAACCAUCAACUAAACCACUGAGUGAAUCACCAACUAAACUAUCAACUGAAGAAUCAACUGAACCACCUAAAAACUUUUCAUCAGCUCCCGACAGUAAAUUAAACAAAUUGAUUAAUCAUCAUGAAUUUGCAUAUUACUUGAAAAGAAUUUGUGAUAUCAACAAAACGAAGGAAAAUGAUGUGAGAAUGUGUAUUUCUUUUUUAUAUCAUCAAGUAUCAAAGUAUGCACAUGGAUAUAAAACAGACGAGGUUACUAUUGAUGAAAGAUUUUUUGCCCCUUAUGAAGUGCUUGCUCUUGGAUAUAUUUUUAAAAUUUAUAAUAUCCGUUAUUUAUAUUACGAUAAAGAUGGUAAACCAGCUAAAUUUCCAUUUGAAAUUUAA